AUGGCUGCAUUGGCUGCAGGCGAUCUUAUGGCUUUUCUUUCAAGUGGGUCACUGGUUUGGAAACCAAUGCGAGCUCAUCUCCACUGUGCUAUUAUUACUAAUCCUUUAGAUAAUUCUUGUAGAUACGAGCAGCACAUCUCGGAAGAGGUUCGACAAUGCCUGAGACUGUCAUCCUUUGACUCGAUGCUUUGGUCAGACGAAGAGAUAUUGCUCCUCUUGCAAUUCAUGUUCACUGACCUUGGUCUUAUCGAAUCCAUUCCCCUUGACAUGACGGUCCUUCGCAACUUCCUCUUCCAAGUUUACAAGAAUUAUAACGAGGUUCCUUUCCACAACUUCAGGCACUGCUUUUGUGUCGCACAAAUGGUAAGUGUUUUUAAACAAUAA